AUGCCUCGUCAUAGAGCGACCUCAGGCUAUGCUCGCCUUGCACAAGCAGACGACGACGAUGGACCGCUCGCCGACGAAGAUUAUGGGAAUGAGACCUACGACAACCCCUCAUUUAGUACUCGUUAUGCCUCGAUUCAACCUGGCCCCCGGGAGCACAUGCGCGCAGGACCCUACCACGACCGACGAAGACCGAACCGACGGACGAGGAGUAAUUCCUCCGGCGUGGAUAUAAAAGCUAUAAAUGCAAGACUGGAACGAUGGGCCGAAGAAAUCGCCUCCAAGUUCAAGAUCAAUUCCGUCAAGGGCAAGACCCAUGAGGAGGAACAACUGGAAAUACAUCAUUCCGUCUUCCAGGCACCUCCAGGGGUUCGCCCAUAUACCGCCGAAGAUCUGGCUGCCUACGAAGCUGCGGACACCCAACGCAUGAGCAAAGCACAGUUUGAUUCCAUUGUGGAAAGUGUGAGGAUUGCAAUCGAACAAGGAGUCCAUCCUAAAAUGAUAUCUCAGGGCAGCUCUGGCAGCUAUUUUGCACGAAACAGUCAGGGGAAGGUGGUCGGCGUCUUCAAGCCAAAAGACGAAGAGCCAUAUGCUUCAAGAAAUCCAAAAUGGACGAAAUGGAUACACAGAAAUUUGUUUCCUUUCUUUUUUGGUCGAGCAUGUCUCAUACCCAACCUUUCCUACGUUUCCGAGGCAGCUGCGUAUGUUCUCGACUGCCAGUUGAGAACCUACUUGGUGCCUUGUACGGACGUGGUAUGGCUUUCCUCAAAAUCCUUCUAUUACGACUUCUGGGAGCGGAGAAGCACCUGGGGUGGAAAGAAGAGCUUGCCCGCCAAAGUGGGAAGCUUCCAAGUUUUCUUGAAAGGGUUCAAAGACGCCAACAUAUUUCUCCGCGAAAACCCCUGGCCAGAUCAGGCCACUGGAUUCCGAGAAGAUCUGGAACAUACGCGGAAGAGGAGACCUCUGUCGAAUUGUUUUCCCCUCCGAGGCCAUCCAUCCGAUGACGACGAGACCCCGCGAGUACUGUCACCUCAGCCUGAAGAGCAGAUCCCCAAAUUCCAUUGGACGCCGAGGAUAAAACAGGCUUUCCGAGAAGAGCUGGAAAAACUUGUUAUAUUGGAUUAUAUCAUGAGGAACACGGAUCGCGGACUAGACAACUGGAUGAUCAAAAUCGACUGGAAGAAAGAAGAAGUCUCACUCGUUGUAGAACUGCCAAAAUCCAACGGUACCGCCCGCGACGGAGAUGCCAAUCAUCGACCGACCUCCGUGAGCCCCGCGCGACCGGAGUCGAAUACCUCCAGACCGUAUCGAAGGUAUGAAACCAUGGAGAGUCGGUCAGGGACCCCAUCCAAUGCCAGGGAUGAUGGCCAUCUUACGAUACAGAUCGGGGCCAUUGACAAUAGUUUGUCCUGGCCCUGGAAGCACCCGGAUGCCUGGCGCAGCUUCCCAUUUGGCUGGUUGUUCCUCCCAGUAUCUUUAAUCGGACAACCCUUCUCCAAAAGGACGCGAGAACAUUUUCUUCCGCUACUUACGUCGACGGCAUGGUGGAGUGAGACUCAGUUGGCAUUACGCCGAGUGUUUGCACUGGAUGCCGAUUUCAAAGAAAGCAUGUUUGCGCGGCAAAUAGCCGUCAUGAAAGGUCAGGCAUGGAACGUCGUUGAGACCCUCAAGCAGGAUGAUCAUGGACCACUCGAGUUGACCAGACGGACAAGAGUUUGUGUCUGGGAUGACCUCGUCGAUGUGCCCGUGGCUAUCCCGAUGCGGAUGCCUUCAACCGAGAUGAGUCGGAAGGCACAGCAUCGGUACGACCAGCAGGAAGAGAUGGACAUUGGAGCAUCGUACUCGUCCGCCCCUCCCGGAAGACAAUCGCCACAACACGACCUUCUAGGCUCGAUAACCCCCGACCUGCCGAAUCCCAAUCGCUUCGACCUGACGCGGGAGGACGGCACGAUCGACGUCGCCUCGCCGCCGGGCGAAGAAGGACCUAGCAGUCCCGGCAUCAGUGGUCCUCUCUUCGACGCCUCCGACUAUGCCAAAGAGGCUAGGAACAGCCUGGGCAACAGUGGCCCCGCGCAACCGACCCGGCCCACAGCCAAAGGCAAGAACCGGUUCAGCUUUGAAUUCCCCCGGCGCGAGGGUCAUUCCAAAUCGACCGUUCGACGACAGAGGUCUCUGUCGACCCGCAGCGGCAAACACCCUGUGAUAUUCUAUGAAGGCGAUGAUCUGGAGGGCGAUCUGGGCUAUGCUGCCGCAAGCGAUAUGGAAUCACAUAAACGAAAGGUCAUUGUUGAGAGGCUGGAGACUGUCAAGAGCAAGAAACCCGUCUUUACGUGGUGUUAA